CCAGAAGACUCCAAGUCGUAUGAUAAAAUGAAACCACCGAAAAAAGAUGACAGUAAUCCUACUACAGUGAGGUAUCAUGUAACAGUAAUGGGACUGGAUUCUAUCAACGAAGAGUCAAUGACCUACGCUGCUGACAUAUUUUUUGCACAAUCAUGGAAAGACCACAGGCUUCGUCUGCCGGAGAACAUGACAUCUGAAUACAGGUUGCUGGAAGUCACGUGGCUUAAAGACAUUUGGCGACCGGAUUCCUUCUUCAAAAACGCCAAAGCAGUCACCUUUCAAACCAUGACGAUUCCUAAUCAUUACGUCUGGAUCUACAAGGACAAGACGAUACUCUACAUGGUCAAACUAACAUUGAUACUAUCGUGUGCAAUGAAUUUCGCAACGUACCCUCAUGACACGCAGCACUGCUCAUUGGAAAUGGAAAGUCUUUCUCACACUACCGACGACUUGAUCUUCGACUGGCAAGAGGACGUUCCUCUGGAGGUGAAUGGAGAUAUCGAACUGCCCCAACUCGACCUCAUUAGCACGGACAGGAGGGACUGCACUCAAACUUAUUCCACAGGAAAUUUCACAUGCCUACAAGUGACCUUUACUCUGAAGCGUCGCCUCGGGUACUACAUGUUUCACACAUACAUCCCCACGUGCCUCAUCGUCAUCAUGUCCUGGGUGUCUUUCUGGAUCCGGCCGGAAGCGGUUCCUGCCAGGGUGACCCUUGGUGUGACCUCUCUCCUCACCCUCUCAACCCAGCAUGCCAAGAGUCUGUCCUCCUUGCCACCAGUUUCUUACAUCAAAGCCAUCGACAUAUUCAUGGCCUCCUGCACGAUCUUCGUGUUCUUAUCCCUCAUGGAGUAUGCCUUGGUGAAUGUCAUAUUGGAGGACUGUGCGACCAUGAAAUUGAAGCAGAAAUUGACGAGACGGAAGUUGGAAGAAAGUAUGAGAGAGCUUGAAAUACAGAGUGAUGCACACAUAAUAAAUAUGGAUAUGAAGUCGAACGCCGUGUCUUCAAUUGUCAAGCGGCGCCAAACUUGUGCAUCGAGGAUAGAUAAGGCAUCCAGGAUUUUGUUUCCUUUCAGCUUCAGUGUUCUUUCGGCAGCUUAUUGGAUUUAUUACGUUCUGUGCAUUUAA